UUUAGCUGUAGCAGGAGGGAGAAAAUUCCGGCUCCACCGUGUCCCAUUCGCAUUCCCCCCUCGCCAGCUUCCAGAAACCCCCCGUUCGUUCGUUCGUCCGUUCCUUCCUUCGAUUCGCAGGCGGUUCGCGAGCGAUGGCGGACGCCAGCCCGCAGGCGGAGAGGCCGAGGCUGAGGCGCCUGGAGUUCGUGCACGUGGUGGCGGUGCAGGCGGCCGUGUGCAUCGCGGCGCUCUACGCGCUCGCCAGGGACCACUCCGGCUCGCUCCGCCCCAGAGUCGACGCCGUCGAGUCCGCCGUCAGGCGCGUCGCCGGCCCCGUCGCCCGCCGCUUCCACGGCGUCCCCCUCCACGUCCUCGCCUUCGUCGACCGCAAGGUGGACGACGCGGUGCAGGAGCUGGGCCGGCACCUCCCGCCGGCGGUGAAGUCCGCGUCGGCGAAGGCGUGCCACGCGGUCCACGCCGUGCCGGAGCUGGCCAGGGAGAUCGCCGACGGGGCGAGGCGGUCCGGCGUGAAGGGCGUGGCCAAGGACGUGUACGGCAUGGUCCAGCCGGUGGCCAAGGGCCUCUACGUGCGCUGCGAGCCGGUGGCCAAGGACCUCUACGUGCGCUACGAGCCGGCGGCCGAGCACCUCGCCGUCUCCGCCUGGCGCUCGCUCAACGGGCUGCCGGUGUUCCCGCAGGUGGCGCACAUCGUCGUGCCCACCGCCGCCUACUGGUGCGAGAAGUACAACAGGGUGAUCUCGUUCGCGGCCGGGCGUGGGUUCCCCGGCGCACGGUUCCUCCCCGGCAUCCCCAUCGAGCGCAUCGCCAAGGCGUUCGGGCCGAGCUCGGCAGGCGAGCGCUCGCCGGUUGCCAAGCCGACGGAACCUGAUGCCCAGACUUCCAAGGAGCGCUCGGCGGAUGCCAAGCCGACGGGACUUGAUGCCCAGACUUCCGAGGAGCGCUCACCGGAUGCCAAGCCUAUGGGACUUGAUGCGCAGACCGCGGAGGAGAGCUCGUCUGAUGCCAAGCCUGUGGGACCUGAUGCGCAGACCGGGGAGGAGAGCUCGCCGGAUGCCAAGCCUGUGGAAUCUGACGCCCAUGCCGCCGGGGAGAGCCAGCCGGAGGCGGCCAAGACUAUGGAUCUUGGGGCACAGGCCUAGGUGUGCCGCCGUGCAGCUAUCAUGCCCUGAUGGACGAGGUAUGUCGCCCUUGGCUGGAACUGAAUAAGAUAAUGUGGAUCCAGGGCUAAGAAGAUACUGGCAUCCUGGGUUUAGUGUCCUAGAUACGUGCUCACGGGUGAUGCUAAUGAUAAUGAUGUUGUACUAGCUACUAUGCUUUUGUGUGGUGCGCGUCUCUAAUGUUCUCCGUGCUUUUGUACAAAAGUUGCUUGAUGUCGCCUUCGUCGACUUGAUCCAAUGCAAUUGGGUUCGUCCUUCUA